AUGACGUGCGCUUUCGUCAGAGACUUAACCAUUCAGACUGGUGACCUUGGCAAGGAGGCGACGCUUGUGCUCAUGUUCCAUAGCGACAUGGAGUGUAUAUACCACAAGUUGUUUCCUGUCAUCUGGAGAACUACCUCACUCGGAGAGAAGGGCCGGUACAGCAUGCGCGUGACCUACACGAAUCAACUUGCUUUCUGCCGAGUGCAGGUCAAUGUUGGGAACAUAGUUGACACCGAAACUCAUGUCCAGAUCGAUGACGGCAAAAAAACCACCUUGACCCAGACGGAUGAUAGCUUCAAGUUCUCUGUCCCUAAGCACGGACUCCCUGGUUACCUGGAGGCCAUUAACGAGACUGGGUUUAUUCAGCACAUUGCAAUAGGCACCAUGAACCCAGGAGACUCAAAGCCCAAGCCGGUGCUCUAUUUCAAGGACGUUGAGCAUGUCAUCUUCUUUUCAUUUUCCUCCAUGGAACUCACAAUGCAAGACAGAGACGGCAGUCUAGUCAAGGCCAAGUUCGCUCUGAUUCUUCGCGCCUAUAUCUCAUCGGACCAUAAAGAGGCCUCGGUCCUAGAAGGUGCCAUUUGCACCGAUUCGAUCUGGGAGCAAGAUCUCGCCCAGCUUCCCGAGUCCACCACCUUGACACUCAGCCGGAAGCCGGCCACUGGACAUUACACGAUCACCCAGGAAGGUGUAAUUUAA